AUGGACCACUUGAAAUUGACCUUUGAUAAGUUGUCUGUUGAAUACAUUAGUGACCUAGUGUUGGACAAUAGCUGUGGAGCUAUUUCCGUUUUUGUUGGAACUACUAGAGACAAUUUUGAAGGUAAAAAGGUGGUUAAAUUAGAAUAUGAGGCAUAUGAACCAAUGGCACUGAAGGCAAUGAAAAGUAUUUGCGAUGAAAUCCGAAGCAAGUGGCCUGCUGUACAUGGCAUUGCUAUAUACCAUAGGCUGGGCGCGGUGGCAUGCCGAGAGGCGUCCGUGGUGGUGGCCGUGAGCAGCCCGCGGCGCGCGGAGGCGACGGCCGCCGCCGCGCACUGCGUCGACCGCCUCAAGGCCACGGUGCCCGUCUGGAAGCGGGAGCACUACGCCGGCGGCCACCAGCCCCAGUGGAAGGAGAACCAGGAGUGUCCAUCCCAACAAUCACCACAAAGAUCACCAUCACCACACAUACCCGAGACCGCCACCGAUAGGAACUUGAUACAGAUAAACGUAUCGAACGAGGAGUUGCAACAGCGCAUACAGAACUUCAUCGAGAGGAAGAGAGACCAAGUGAACGUUAGCAACAUCGCGGACUUUAUACCCGGGCACUGCGAGAGCGAGACGCAGGACACGGAGACGUGCGCGAGAGUGAGAACGCAGUUUGUUAAGAGAAGCGACUCUAAGGGACAUUUGAAAAGUAAGUUGUCCAUAAUCGAAGAGCAAUCGAGAUUUAAUUUCGUCGUGUCGAUUUUGUGGUUUUGGUCUAUGGGCGGCGGUAUUCUUCCACCUUCUCACAUAAAGGUGAUUGCAACGAACAUGUACCGAAGAGAGAAGGGAGAGCCAAUGCGCGGCAUUACGAACGUCCGCAGUCCGCAAGGCGCACAACGAGUGGGGCCCGCAGACGGUGCGCGCGGCGGAGGGUGGUGGCGGUGGGGCGGGGGCGCCCUCCCCGGCGCGGUGGCGGAGCGGCUGCGCGCGGCCGAGGGCGCGCUCGGCGUGGCGCCGGUGGGCAGCGACGUGUACCGCCGCCUCAAGGCGGUGGAGGACCGCCUCGCGCACCUGCACGCCCUCUCGCCCGAGUACGCGCACUUCUGGAAUGUGAAACAAGACUCGACGGAGGUGAAACAGGAGAGCGCGGAAUACGUCUACUCUGCGGAAGAUAUUGCUCGCAAGAUAGAGCAGUUGGAGAAGCAGGCGAGCGCU